UGUGUGUGUGUGUGUGUGUGUGUGUACAUAGAGGCCCAUAGAAAUGGAGGUACACUUAUAGGCCGUUGUGAGCCAUGAAUGGGUGCUGGAACAUAGAUUCGGGUCCUCUGGAAGAGCAUUGUGUGUUACUAACCUCUGAUCAUCUUUCUAGCCAUUUCCUAGUGGACUUUUUUCAUCUACCACAGGUUUAUCAUGCCCCAAGUCAAGUUUAUCACUUUACCCCCAGACCUCUUCCACCUCCAUCUCCUUUCCCUGCUGAUGGCUACCUCAUCCUUCAGUACCUUGCCAUAAGCGGUUGGGUCUAGUCUGGCUGCUCUCACUUGCCCUGCAGGAGUUUCUGCAGGCUCUGUUCUUGCUGUCCCCAGCCCGUCUCCCCUUUGCCAUCUCAGCUCGUGGCAGCCAUCCUCUGGACCUCUCAGGCAGGUUAUGUCACCAGCAGAGGUGGUACCGAAGCUCCCUGAGGCCUGGAGACUAUGUACAAGAGGAAUGGUCUGAUGGCUAGCGUGUUGGUCACCUCUGCCACUCCACAGGGCAGCAGCAGCUCAGACUCGCUGGAGGGCCAGAGCUGCGACUAUGCCAGCAAGAGCUACGAUGCUGUGGUCUUCGACGUUCUGAAAGUGACUCCUGAGGAGUUUGCUAGUCAGAUCACAUUGAUGGACAUCCCUGUGUUCAAAGCCAUCCAGCCAGAGGAAUUGGCCAGCUGUGGAUGGAGUAAGAAGGAGAAACACAGUCUUGCCCCUAACGUUGUGGCCUUUACCAGGAGGUUCAACCAGGUCAGUUUUUGGGUCGUACGAGAAAUUCUAACAGCACAGACUUUAAAAAUAAGGGCAGAAAUCCUGAGCCAUUUUGUGAAAAUAGCCAAGAAACUUCUAGAACUGAACAACCUUCAUUCUCUUAUGUCUGUGGUGUCAGCAUUACAGAGUGCUCCCAUCUUCAGGCUGACAAAAACGUGGGCUCUUUUGAAUCGCAAAGACAAGACCACUUUUGAGAAACUGGACUACCUGAUGUCUAAAGAAGACAACUACAAGCGGACUCGGGACUAUAUCCGCAGUCUCAAGAUGGUGCCCAGCAUUCCCUAUCUAGGAAUCUACCUUCUGGACUUGAUCUACAUUGACUCUGCAUACCCUGCCUCUGGCAGCAUCAUGGAAAACGAACAAAGAUCCAACCAGAUGAACAACAUCCUCCGGAUCAUUGCGGAUUUGCAAGUGUCCUGCAGCUAUGAUCACCUCACUACCCUGCCACAUGUGCAGAAGUACCUGAAGUCUGUCCGAUACAUUGAGGAGCUCCAGAAGUUUGUAGAAGAUGAUAACUACAAGUUAUCACUCAGAAUCGAACCAGGAAGCAGCUCUCCGAGACUCGUGUCAUCCAAGGAAGAUCUUGCAGGCCCUUCUGCCGGCUCCAGCUCCACCAGGUUUCGCCGGAGGCCCACCUGUCCUGAUGCGUCUAUGGCCGGCAGCCUCCCCACACCGCCAGUCCCCAGACACAGGAAGAGCCACAGCCUGGGCAACAAUAUGAUGUGUCAGUUGAGUGUAGUUGAAAGUAAGAGUGCAACAUUCCCAUCGGAGAAGGCCAGGCACCUGCUGGACGACAGCGUCCUAGAGUCCCGCAGCCCCCGCAGGGGCCUCGCCCUCGCCUCCUCCACCGCCAUCACCAACGGACUCUCCCUAGGCAGUAGUGAGAGCUCAGAGUUUAGUGAAGAAAUGUCUGCAGGGCUGGAAAGCAGGGGACGUCUCUAUGCCACGCUGGGGCCCAACUGGCGGGUUCCAGUUCGGAAUUCUCCCAGAACUCGGAGCUGUGUCUACAGCCCCACGAGCCCUUGCACCUGUACUGUGGGAAGCUCAGCCACUGUGCCCACUAUGGAGGGGCCUCUGAGACGGAAAACUCUGCUCAAGGAAGGCCGGAAGCCUGCACUGUCCUCGUGGACUAGGUACUGGGUUGUACUCUCAGGAUCCACCCUCCUUUACUACGGAGCCAAGUCCUUGCGGGGCACAGACAGAAAACAUUAUAAAUCUACACCUGGCAAGAAGGUCUCCAUCGUAGGCUGGAUGGUGCAGCUGCCUGAUGACCCCGAGCACCCAGAUAUCUUCCAGCUGAAUAACCCUGACAAAGGCAAUGUUUACAAGUUCCAGACGGGCUCCCGUUUCCAUGCAAUACUGUGGCACAAGCACUUGGACGAUGCGUGUAAAAGCAACAGGCCUCAGGAAAUAAUGUCUAAUCAAACCUCCCAGAACCCCUCAGUAGUGCCAAGGGAGGAAGAUCAAAGCUGGGGUCCGGAGGCCACUGUGAGGGCAGGGAAAUGCUCUGACAGGUACCUGCAAACCUUAUGUCAUUUGAAUGAGUAUCUGCAGGACUUGGCGUGACUGCAAAGGCUUCUGCGAGCCUAGACUAAGUCUGGUGGAGGAGAGCAGCUCUGGGCAUAAGCUGUGGGCCAAGGCACUGGAGCCUCAUAGCUGGACUGGAGGACCAUGGCCUGCGGCCUCACAGUCCUGGGUGGCUCCCCAGUGUGAGCUCCACCUGUUCAACCCACAGCAACUCUCAUGACUCAUCCUGCAGCAGCACCCACAGGGUGGUUGUCAGACCCCAACAGCACACCCUGUGCCCCCUCUCUGGGCCAUCGUCUGUCCACCAGCUGCUUCUGCAUCAAGGGAGCAUUUGACCCAUGUUGGGUUCUCCGUGCUUUCUGCUGCACACAGAGUGGAUGACCUUAAUCUUCGAGAGGGCUGGAGAGCAGCGACGGGAUGCUGGACAGGCCUGUUACACCCCAAGUGCACAGGCUGCUCUCCCACAGGGCCGCCUCAGAUUUUGUAUACCCUCAAAGCAUCCCCUGCGUGUGCGUGCCAUACAUUCAUGUGUGUGAGUGAGUGAGUGUGAACUCUCUGAGAAACAUACAUUUUGGCACAAGACUAGUGACAUCAUAUACUUUUUGGCUUUGAGGCCCUGCUUGAAGCUUUAGUUACAGCCUUGUCCUCUAAGGAAAGUCUGAAGGGAGUCUAGAGCUCCAUGUUAAAGGUCCCUUGAGUUCUUUUACUGUAAACAAACAAUGCCUUAAAUCGUGUCUUGUUUUCUGUUCCUAUGGGUGCUAUUCAUCUGGAUGGCCUGUUCCCUGGGCCCCAGGCCCUCCUGGGUCUUGUUGUCAGCCUUCCUGAGGCAGAACCAGUCUCAGGACCAGACUGCUUGCUCCCUACCAUGAGCUUUCCUGGUGGGCUGUGGCCCCCCCUUGUCUCCCCCACUCCCACCAUGCUGGUGUGGGAAGUUGGGGCUUUUUCUCACAGCAGCUUGGAGGCCCCCACCAUGAUCAAUGAUCAGUCAUAUAGAAGCUACCCCAUAUUACCCCACGGGGCACAGUUGUGCUCCUGUCCUCUCACCCCUUUGCCACCACUGCCAGGGCCGGUCACACUGAUUCCUAAUCAUAUAGGGAACAGAGUGAUGUGGAGGCCUUAAGGCCCCUCAGUCUUGCUCUUAAAUGUAGUCACCAGCAAGUUUUCAUCCGAGCCCAAGGGCCCUGUUGUUGACCAGAUGACAAGAAAGCCAAACCCUAGGGAGUGAGAUGUCCAGCCUCUGCGUCCAUGAACAAGGACCUUUAUCUGUCACCUUUGGUCAUACAUAAGGUGAGUUCAUUUUGCACAUUUUAAUUCAAGUAUAUUGUUCUUUAUCAUCACUGAUGUUCUCUGUCCCUCUUCCUCUUCCUCCUGAAUCUGGUACCCUAACCCUGAGAAGAAAACCCUCAAACAGUUUUUUUUCUGGAAAAGGCUAAAUUCCUGGGUCCCUGUGGGUAUCAUGCCCUUACACAGUAACCAAUCAAAUCAUCCCAAUGGCAGCUGAGAAGCUUCAAACACCAGAACCAUGAACUUAAUACCAGGAAACCACCACCGCGUUGCAAACAAAUGGUGACACCCUCUAAAACUGUAAAGGACUUAGCAGGACAGCUAGUUGUCACCAUGGUGGUAGGUUUGGGUCCAGCCUUGCUGAACUCCGAAGCUGCCCUUCCUGUGAGCAGAGCCUGGGUAUUUCACGUCAAGAGAAGCGCCAGGUGGUAAAGAUGCUGUCAAACCUUGACCACAGCUGCCUUGUACAUCUGCCCAUACCAGGGGUCCAGGUGUGUGCACCAGAUUCUACCAACAACUCUUUCAGUUAGAAUCUAGAAGGUGAAUGACAAUGGCAAACACUGCAGACACCUCUGACCAGAACCAUGCCAUGGUCACACUUUAACCUACACCAAACCUGAUUCUGCUAGUUAACUUCUAAGAAAUCGGAAGCUUGGAUAAAAAUUGCAAGAUCAGAAAGAACACCAGCUACUAGUUUCCUUUAGUUUCCACUCUUCAGCUCGUUUUGGUUCUUACACAUGCAAUAUCAGACAUUAAAAUAUCAGACAUUAAAAGCCCCAGAAUUUCAGUCCCACUUUCUGUCCUUUCAGACUUGUCUUAGCUGACACAAGUGUUUUCUUCUGGGUCUAAUCUGAAAGAGCACAAACAUAAUUAUUUUCAAAGUGUCUAAUCUCCCUAAUUGAAGCCAAACUCCCCUCCCAGAAGCAUCCUUACCAUGGGCUCCUGAAGAACCUGCUUGGACUUUGUUAGGGAAAAGCCUUGUAGGACUCUUGAGAGUCUUGACAGUGGCACGAGAGCCCUGGAGAUGGAGUUCAAAGAUAUUUGACUCCCUAAACAGGGCCUUAGGUCAAGCAGACAAGUUCAGGGCUGACAUUUCCAGUGCUAGCUUGUCGUACAGGCUGCGGGGGAAGUGGCCAGGUCAAGUGACAGAGGCAGAAGUCCUUUGGAGGCCACUGAGCCUGGAAGAAAGCCUUCUGUACUUUUGCUUGGUUGUCCAUAGUGCAUAAAUACUGUGAAAGUGUUAGAGGUGUUGCCAUGCAUUGUCCUGAAGACAUACUAUGACACUCCAACCUGAAAGGUGUAGUGUGCUGUCUAGAAACUGGGAUGGGCAGCUGGUAGUAUUGUGAAGUCCCAAGAAGAGCCCACUCAGUCAUGGGAGUAACCUCUGUCCCUCUCCAAUAUACAAAUUUUGUAACUCAAGGUCAGCCAAGUGCAUGCUGGCAAGCAAGACACCUUGUGGAGAUUGGACUUGGUAGGAAGCAGCAGAAGUCUUGUCCUACACAUGCCAGUGGGAGAAUGUGGCUCCUCCCCUCCCCUGACUAGAUGCCACAGAGCACUUGUUGGGACUGAGAUGCUGAGCAGGUGGACACAACAGAAUUGUUGGUGAAGGACCUCCCUUGUCUUGCCAGCAGGAUCUCUGUAUUCCUCCUUCUUACCAAGAUGGCCAGUGUUUCUUUCAUCAUUUUAUUCUCACCUCCUAAGCCUAAGAAAUGUGUUUCUGAAGUUGGUUUUUGUUGUUGUUGUUGUUGUUUUGUUUUCAGAUGGAAAAGUGGUCUGUUAAACUGGGAAGAUGUGUAUAAGCCAAGGCUGCUUUAUUCCUCAAGUGGGAUCCAAAGCUUUGCACCCACAUUGCUGAUGCUUGCUACCACUACUGAAUAUUGCCCAGAGCACAGCCUCUCUUCGUCUGUGUGACCCUUAAAUUGACCCUAUAUCAUAUUGAUGUGUUGGGUGAUUUCAAAAACACUUUACAAAGCCCCUUCAAAAUUGUAUUUAUUGCAUAAACAUCCAUUCAUAUCUCUGAUUAGUACUUCCUAUAUACCAGGCUCUCCCUAGAAUGAAGAUGGCUAGAAACAAGACAAAUCAAAUUUUGGCCUUUGUAGAACUCCCCAGUCAAUGAACAAAUAAUUCCCACCUCACACACCUACUUUGGCAAGACCCUGCCUCUCCCCUACCCCUGAAUACAAAUCCUGUGCAUUGGUUCUUGCAGAAAGACUUCAGACUGAAUGGGCUUGCCUGUGAGAGUCAGCUGAGCACUAGCUGGAGUGCCUCACCCUGGAGGCUGGCUGGCUCUGAGCAGCCACAUGCAGAACUGUGCUCAAGAAUGGUUCCAGGGAGGACGCCAAAUGCAGAAUGAGAGAGUAGGGUCUGAGUGCAGUAUUCACAGCCCCCCCCACCCCCUUUGGUCUGUAACUUCAGUGUUAAUGCUCAAAUACAGUGUGAGUGGGAGCUGCAUGUCCUUGGGAGUCGAGGACUUGGACUUUGGUCCGCUUUGUAACCUGCUGCUGCACAUGUGUGUGUCCUGUGGACAGCCCCAAAUUCCCACUCACAGCAGCAAGGUGAGAGGUCACCUGCCCAUUUGGGAAGGACUGUGACCAUUCAGUAAAGAAAUAAUAGUAAUUCAUUUAUUAGUGAGGUAUACUCUUGAAUAAAUUUCGUGCCAAAAUGCAUGGUUUCCUACUUAGCAUUCAAAACGUUGCAUAGAGAGUAGUUUUCUAUUUCUUACGUGUUCUUCCAAGUAAACUGAAAAUGAGUUUCCACAUCUUAGUUUGUUUCUUGUUGAAUCUGCUGCAUCUCCCCAAGCUGUCUUUUUUCCCAGCAGACCCUGCAUGCAGUUGUGUGAGGACUUUCUCUAAUAUUUGUAAAUUGUCUCUUCUGCAAUAACCACUGAACAUCAUCCCUCCUUGGGACUCUUUAGAUUUUUGGUGAAGUAUUUUGUUACCUCAGUCUUGUAUCAAGUUGCUGUAUUUUCCAGCUUGUUACACUGAUAAUAAUUGUUUCACUAAUUAAAUACUUUAAUGUACAGACAUCUUUGUUUACUUUGAAAUUAAAUGUGUUUUCCAAUGAA